CAGUGGCAUCACGAGGCAGGUGUGGGGGGGGUGCACGCCACAUCGGGUGACACCUACCACACGGGGUGACACCGGAUCCGCUACACAAAAAGGUAAGUUGUAAAGAAAGCCAAUGAUCCCGCAGGAUGGAUCGGAUCUGCAGAUUAGGGAGCAUAAUGGAUCGGACUCUGAUCCAUUUUGCUCAAUCCGCAGUUCCAAUCCAUUCUGCUGGGAUCGUCGGAGGGGGUGUCACCAAGUGUUAUCACACCGGUGACUCCAACCCUAG